AUGGGUAUUCGCAACACUAUACUGCUUCUGGCCUUCUUGCCGGUCCUUGCGAUCCUCGUCCUGCCCUUGUUAUGGAGCAGUGUCGGAUCCCUCUUUGGAGUCUACCUUCGACGCAAGACUGAAGGACGAAGACAACACUUGGUUCAGUUGAUGAACGAGGACGAGAAGAGCUGGCGACUGAGAACGAGCUUAUCCUCGAAAGACACCAGCAGCGACGACGACUGGGAGAAUGUGGAGAGCCACUCGGCGGGAAGCUCGGGCAACGGAGAAAAGGGCUCGAAAGACUUCAGCGGUAUCGUUGGCUUCUUUCACCCGUUCUGCAACGCUGGCGGAGGUGGCGAACGAGUCCUCUGGGCUGCGAUCCGAGCCACGCAGAAGCGCUGGCCGAACGCAAAGUGCGUCGUGUAUACGGGUGAUCAUGAAGUGAACAAGGAGGCUAUUUUGCGCCGGGUCAAAGACCGAUUCAACAUCCAACUUCAUCCUCCGAGUGUCACUUUCCUCUACCUCUCGACAAGACAUCUCGUCCUCGCGUCCACCUGGCCCUACUUCACUCUCGCCGGACAAUCUCUCGGCUCGAUCGUCAUGGCCUGGGAUGCCUUCUCACUUCUUGUGCCGGACAUUUUCAUCGACACUAUGGGAUACGCCUUUGCACUAGGCUUGAGCAAGCUGUUGUUCAAGCAUGUUCCUACCGGCGCUUAUGUUCACUACCCUACAAUCUCGACCGAUAUGCUCGAGUCACUUGACCCCAACUCGACUGUCGGAAGCCAAGGCGUGAAUGCUGGGAAGGGCGUAGGAGCACGAGGCUACGUCAAGAAAUCGUACUGGCAGAUCUUUGCCAUGCUCUACUCCUGGGUCGGCUCCUCGGUCGAUGUGGUCAUGACGAAUUCGACCUGGACACAGGCGCAUAUCAAGAAGCUCUGGGGCCCUCUCCGCGACGCGAAGCACAAGAAGAACCAGAUUGCUAUCGUCUACCCUCCAGUUGCCGUGCGCGAGCUCGAGCAAGAGGUCGAGGUCUCGGCAGCCACCGAGAAGAAGCGAGAAAAAGUGCUGGUCUACAUCGCCCAGUUCAGACCGGAGAAGAACCACCAACUGAUCCUCCAGGCUUUCGGAGAGUUCCUCAAGAAGGGCUCGGAGGCAUCCAAGAAUGCGCGCUUGGUUCUGAUCGGCAGCGUCCGGGACGAUGCCGACUCGAAGCGCGUAUACAAACUCAGGCUCUACGUGAACGAGCUCCAGAUUAAGGAUCAGGUCGAGUUUCAUCUCGAUGCUUCCUGGCCGGAAAUUCUUGAGUGGCUGCAAAAGGCGUCCGUGGGCGUGAAUGCAAUGUGGAACGAGCACUUUGGCAUUGGUGUGGUCGAGUAUCAGGCCGCCGGCCUCAUCUCUGUCGUCCACGACAGCGGCGGCCCCAAGCUGGACAUUGUCACCAACAUCGACGGCGAGCCCACCGGGUUCCACGCAUCUACUGCGUCCGAGUUCGCAGAAGGCUUCGAGAAGGCCUUGUCGCUGCCCAACCCGCUGGCUGUCAGAGAGCGGGCGCGCCGCUCGGCCAAGCGGUUUACCGAGGAGGAAUUUGCAAAGAAGUGGAUUGAGCACACGGAGAAGUUGGUGGCGAUGUGCGCAUAG